AUGGGAAAGCCUCUGGACAUCGAGGAUUUUGUCAUGAUUAAUAGGAAAAUUCUCGAGGUGGUGGGACUUUAUCCUAGGAAUUGUGGGAGAUAUGUCUGUUGUGUGGUUUUUAUGAGUCUUAUUGUUGUACCUGAGGCGCUGGAGAUCUACUAUCGUCGAAGUGAUUUUGAUGUUGUUUUGGAGACGAGUUCUGUUCUUCUGACAAUCAUUCUCGCAAUUCUUAAAUCAGUCAUUUGGAUUUCAAGAAGAGAUACUUCCGAUUCCGUUGGCUUUCUCAUCAAUGAUUAUUGGAAGAUUGCUAAUCACCUGGGGGAGCCUGAGGAUUUUUACAAAAGUGCUAAAGCAGCAAAAGUCAUAACCAUGAGCUACUCAUUUCUGAUCUGCAAUGCCCUCCUCUUCUUCUACAGCCUUCCUCUCCUUCAUCUCCUCCCUCAUCCCGGAAAUUCAGAGCAAUCUGAGAGAUUGCGAGUUCCAUUCCUGGCAACUUAUCCCGAAUUCUGUUACCACUCGCCUGCUUAUGAGUUCGUCUACAUCUCCCAACUGCUGGCAACGUCCACCUGUGCACUCAUAAUCCUGGCGACUGACACGCUGAUUGCCACCGCGCUACUGCACACAUGCGGACAUUUCGCGAUCAUAGAGAGAAAUAUAUCUGAAUUGAAUUUCGCCAAGUCGGUGGAGAACCUGGAGCAACGUGUGCGGGUGAUCAUCAAGCAUCAUCAGCUUGUCAUCAGAUUCUCUGAUCGCCUGGAGUUUCUCUUCAAUCCGUUGAUGUUUCUCCAAGUAUUCGCCAGCAGUCUGAUUAUUUGCCUCGUUGGAUUUCAAGCGCAAUCUGGAAAACUUGAUAAAUUUCCGCAAUACUGUUCAUACCUGAUGAUGGCCCUCUUCCAACUUCUUUUGUUCUGCUGGCCAGGCGAUGAACUCAUAACUCAGAGUUCUAGAGUAAGUACAGCAACAUUCUCGGCCAAUUGGUACAUCGGCCCGAAUCACCUCCGGAAAGAUCUUCAGUUCAUAAUCCUCCGAUCUCAAAAAUCAAACUUCCUCUCAGCUGGAAAGUUGAGUGCAAUGAACCUCGAGAAUUUUAGUGCAAUCCUGAGUUCAUCUCUCUCUUAUUUUAUGCUCCUCCGUAGCUUCUCUGAAAAUUAACAUGAGUGGAAAAAUAUAAUUCUG